AUGGUUCAAUCGUCGAAUGAAGAUGAUGAUGAUGAUAAGAUUGGUCCCCCUGGUCGGGUGUUCCGCAGUGGGUUGCCUGAAUAUGCAGAGGAUGUGGCAGAUUACAGUAUUAGAGAGUAUCCUCAACGUGAUUAUGCGGUCAACCGUGUCGAGGAAUACUGGGCGUUGCCAAUCUAUCAUCAUCCUACUCGACACCUCCCCAUUGGUGUACUCGAAAUUGUAUCACCAUCUGAUUUUAUCGGAUUACCUCGAUAUCGGGUUCUGGAGAAGCUUCAGAAUCUACCACGGGAGGUGAAUCUGACGACUACUUGUGUAAGCCUCCCUGCAGAAGUAAAUUCAUGUCAAGAUGGAGAAAUUGCUAUAAUUGACCAAGCAUUGAGCAAGGUGAGGCAAAUAAGUGGACUGGGCUAUGCUGAAAGUUGGACUACUUCUAGAGAAAUACUCAGUUCUCGUGAAGGUGUAGAUUUUAUUCGGAAGGGACAAGGGGUAGUUGGGAGAGCAUUCUCAUCCAAAAGUGCAUGCUUUUGUGGGGAUAUAAGCCAAUUAAGCAUAACAGACUACCCCUUGGUAGUCCAGGCACGACCCUGUGAGCACUCUGCCUGUUUUGCAGUUUGUUUGCAGAGCUCUUGCCCGAACAAGUGCAUUUACGUAUUGGAGUUCUUUUUACCUAUGUAUGGAGAAGUUGAAGAUGAAGCAGACUAUGGGGAUCCUAGGACAUUGUUGAACAGGAUAAUGGGGACAUUGAAAGAACACCUCCAAAGUUCUUUUAAGAUUGCUUCAGGACAAGAAUUGGGGCAGAAAUUGACUGUUGAGGUUAUAAAGGUCUCUCCAGAGGAUGAAUUUGAUUCUUUUGAAAUCUGCAGUACUACUGGUAUCGAAUCUCAACCUAGGCUUGAAGAAGUACAAGGAGGAGACGGAAUGAUGCAUCUCGAUCUCUCAUCUCAACAAGUUGAUGCUGCAAAUGGUUCUAUGAAUGGUAUCCAUGAACAGCAGAAUGGAAGUGUUGGAUCUACACCUAGGCUUGCAAAAGCACAAGGAGGAGAAGGAAUGAUGCAAGUUGAUUUCUCAUCUCAGCAAGUUGAUACUGCAAAUGCUUAUAUAAAUGGUGUCCAUGCACAGCAGAGUGGGAUUGUUGGAUCUCCACCUAGACCAGAGCACGAGCAGGGCUUUGUCAACAUAUCAUAUCAAGAAUUAAAUCUUGCAGGAUUUGAUGUUGCGCACAAUUCUAUGAAUGGUGUUUAUGAACGGCAACAUGGAAUUGUUAGAUCUUCAACUGGACAGGAGCUCGUGCAAAACGUGGUCAGCAUAGCGGAUUAUGAACCAAUUGUGGAAGAUCCUGAAAGAGAUGAUGCUAGUAUAGAACAGAGGAACAAUGAAGUGACUAAUUUAAAAGUGCAAAAGCCUAGUAGUACUUUAAAAAUCGAACUUGGAAUUACUCGUGAGGUUCUUGAACAAAAUUCCAAGAGGAAACUUGUAGAUGCUGCAAAACAUAUUGGAGUUAGUCGAUCUACAUUGAAGCGUAUAUGUAGGGAAUACGGUAUUCACAGAUGGCCCCCUCGUAAAGCAAGGAAGGUUAAUCAAGCAUUUGCUGAACAGAAAAUUGUUCAACCUUCUACUGAAGAUGCUCAUGAACCCCACCAAUCAGGUCCAGCAAGGCUAGAAGAUGAUAAUGGCAUGUGGGUGAAGGCAGAAUAUCAAGGGUUCAUGAUAAAGUUCAGGCUUCCAUUUUCUGCCCGUAAAAUCGAUUUGGAGGGGAAGGUAGCACAGCGACUGAAUCUACCUGUGGGAAGUUUUAAAAUUGAGUAUCAGGAUGAAGAUGAUGAUCGGAUACGGAUAACCUGUGAUGAAGAUCUGAGAACGUCUAUGAGCACAUUAAGCUCAUUAGGUAGGACUACAAUCAAAAUGUAUAUUGUUGAAGACAGUCCAAAUAGGAGAGAUGAAUAGAUUUUUAAGAAUUAUAU